CACCACGACUGUUCUUCCCCUCCCUGAAGUAGCUAGCAUGUUAGCUAACACGGCUAGUACCUUACCUGCAGACGACGCUAAAUUUCAGAAAAAGUCGAAGUUUCAAAAAUUUCAAAACGGCGCCGUCAUUUAUCGGCGUGACUUCGUUUUUAUGGACGAUGCUCACGAGCAAUUAUCCUGCCAAAAUGACGUUUUCUAACCCUAGCUGCGCAACGGACAUAAGCAGCUAAACUCAGUUAGCUUAAUGCUAAUAUUUUUUUCUCGCUUCGAGCGUUACAAUGAAUGGAGGUUAACGUGAAGUCAUCCGUCAACAAUGUCGGCUCGCUGUUAGCUUGAGUGUGAGUGGCAGCUACAGACACGGAAGUGAACUCGUGAAAGGUUUAUGGAAAGAAGCCUCACAAUUUCGCAAGCUAAAAAUGCCGAAGCUAACCGCUGAUAACUUUCUUGGAAAUGCAGCUUGAAGGGGAAACCACGCUAGCUUCCGCAGCGCUAAAACAACAGCCUAUGGAGAGUUUAGCCCCGCAUCUAGCUACUUUAUUCCAUAUUUUUGAUUGUCCCUGGUGGAAAGUGGAUACUAUGGAGCAGAUUUGUGGAAGAAGAAACGGCUGACAUAUUGGAUUGACCCUGCGUCCCAGACAGGUAGAGGGGACCUGCCCCGGCCUGCAUUGGUUCGCUGUUUUUACGGAUGAUGGGGACAGAAAAUGCUUCUUCUGCUUUUUAAAAAACCCACACUAUGGCUUCAAUGAAAUUAUGAAAGUUGGAGUUCCUCUACUGGAGAGUUAUUCUUAAAACCAUGGAUUAUUGAUUUUUCUUUUGUACAGUUUUGCCACAUUAUCGUUGUUUUAAUGACUCUGGAACAACAUGUCUGCGAUCGCCGAGUUCGUUCCUCCUCCUGAAUGCCCGGUGUUUGAGCCGAGCUGGGAGGAAUUCUCGGAUCCUUUAGGAUUUAUCAACAAGAUCAGACCUAUUGCAGAGAAAACGGGGAUCUGCAAGAUCCGGCCUCCCCAGGACUGGCAGCCUCCCUUUGCCUGUGAUGUUCGCAAUUUUCGCUUUACUCCAAGAGUUCAGAGACUGAAUGAACUUGAGGCCCUCACUCGGGUUAAACUCAACUUUCUGGAUCAAAUAGCAAAGUUCUGGGAGUUGCAGGGAUCCAAGAUCCGCUUUCCUCACGUGGAGAGAAAGAUUUUGGAUCUUUAUCAGCUCAGCAAGAUCGUCUCCUCCGAAGGCGGCUUCGAGACGGUGUGCAAAGAGAAGAGAUGGUCCACCGUGGCCGCCCGGAUGGGCUUCCCACCCGGGAAGGGCACCGGCUCGCUGCUGCGCUCGCACUACGAGCGAAUCCUUUACCCAUACGAGCUCUUCCAGUCCGGAGCCACGCUAACUGGCCUCCACCGCCUGUACGACGAGGGAAACGAGAAGGAGGACGUGGACGAAGGCGUCGGCGAGGAGACGACGGAGGAAGAGCAGCAAGACGAGGAGGAAGAGAAGGAGGAGCAAGGAGAGGUGACACAAAACAAGGAGCAGAUUCUCCCUGAGAGGCGCUCCAGGCGCCUCAAGUCAGAGAGGGAAAAUAAGGAACCAAAAAGCCUCCAGAUUUUUGGAACGAGUCCCAGGAUGGUUGGUUUGGAGAUUUUAUCAUCCGACGAUGGUUUCAGUAAGAAACAGCGGCAGCUGAAAGCCCAGGCCUUCGCCAUCAAAAUGAAACCACGCAAGGAGACUCUGGAGGUCAACUUUAUCGACCUGUAUUUCUGCAUGGUGUGUGGUCGAGGCGACAAAGAGGACCGGCUGCUCCUGUGUGACGGCUGUGACGACAGUUAUCACACCUUCUGCCUGAUCCCGCCCCUGCAGGAAGUGCCCAAGGGCGACUGGCGGUGUCCCAAGUGUGUCGCUGAGGAGUGCAGUAAACCCAGAGAGGCCUUCGGCUUUGAGCAGGCGGUGAGGGAAUACACGCUGCAGAGCUUCGGAGAGAUGGCCGACCACUUCAAAUCGGACUACUUCAACAUGCCCGUUCACAUGGUUCCUACGGAGUUGGUGGAGAAGGAGUUCUGGCGUCUGGUCAGCAGCAUCGAGGAGGACGUCAUCGUGGAGUACGGAGCUGACAUCAGCUCCAAGGACGUGGGCAGCGGCUUUCCUGUCAGGGACGGGAAAAGGAGGCUGCUGGGAGAUGAAGAGGAAUAUGCAAACUCAGGCUGGAACCUGAACAACAUGCCUGUCCUGGAGCAGUCCGUGCUGACCCACAUCAACGCGGACAUCUCAGGCAUGAAGGUGCCCUGGCUCUACGUGGGGAUGUGCUUCUCCUCCUUCUGCUGGCACAUCGAGGACCACUGGAGCUACUCCAUCAACUUCCUGCAUUGGGGUGAACCCAAGACUUGGUACGGCGUGCCGGCCUCUGCCGCCGAGAAACUGGAAGCCGUGAUGAAAAAGGUGGCGCCCGAGCUGUUCGACUCCCAGCCCGACCUCCUCCACCAGCUGGUCACCACCAUGAACCCCAACGUCCUCAUGGAGCACGGUGUCCCCGUUUACAGGACCAAUCAGUGUGCGGGGGAGUUUGUGGUGACCUUCCCCAGAGCCUACCACAGCGGCUUCAACCAGGGCUACAACUUUGCAGAAGCGGUCAACUUCUGCACAGCUGACUGGUUGCCUAUGGGACGCCAGUGCGUCGCUCACUACCGACGACUCCACCGCUACUGCGUCUUCUCCCACGAAGAGCUGCUCUGCAAGAUGGCCGCCGACCCAGAGAGCCUGGACGUGGAACUGGCCGCCGCCGUUUACAAGGAGAUGAGCGACAUGAUGGAGGAGGAGACCAAACUCAGGCAGGCCGUGCAAGAAAUGGGGGUGCUGUCCUCCGAACAGGAGUUCUUUGAGCUCGUUCCAGACGACGAGCGGCAGUGCCACAAGUGUAAGACCACCUGUUUCCUGUCUGCGCUGACCUGUUCCUGCAGCCCGGCUCGGCUGGUGUGUCUCCAUCACACCGGAGAUCUGUGCGACUGUCCUCUUGGACACGCGUGUCUGCGGUAUCGUUAUGAUUUGGAGGAGUUCCCCUCCAUGCUGUACGGUGUGAAGGCUCGGGCGCAGUCCUACGAUACCUGGGCUAAAAGAGUCGCAGAGGCUUUAUCCGCUGACCAGAAGAACAAAAAAGAUCUGAUUGAGCUCAAGGUUUUGCUGGAGGACGCAGAGGACAGGAAGUAUCCGGAGAACGAUGCGUUCCGCCGCCUGAAGGAGAUCGUCAAAGAGGCGGAGACGUGCUCCUCCGUGGCUCAGCUGCUGCUCAGCCGCAAGCAGAGGCACAGCAGCCGCCUCCGCUCGGAGAGCAGCCGAAACCGCACCAAACUGACGGUGGACGAGCUCAAAGCCUUCGUAGACCAGCUGUUCAAGCUGCCGUGUGUCAUCAGUCAGGCGCGACAAGUCAAAGAGCUGCUGGAGAACGUGGAGGACUUCCACGAGCGAGCCCAGGUGGCUCUGUCGGAGGAGAUGCCGGAUUCUGCCAAGCUGCAGGCGCUGCUGGACCUGGGCAGCGGGCUGGAUGUGGAGCUGCCGGAGCUGCCCCGCAUCAAGCAGCAGCUGCAGCAAGCUCGCUGGCUGGACCAGGUCCACGUCACUCUCGCCGAGCCCCAGCGGGUCACUCUGGAGCUGAUGAAGAGGCUGAUCGACUCCGGGGUCGGCCUCGCUCCUCAUCACGCGGUGGAGAAGGCCAUGGCCGAGCUGCAGGAGGUCCUCACGGUGUCGGAGAGGUGGGAGGAUAAGGCUCGCGCCUGUCUGCAGGCCAGACCUCGCCACAGCAUGGCCACCCUGGAGAGCAUCGUGGUGGAGGCGAGGAACAUCCCGGCGUACCUCCCCAACAUUCUGGCCCUGCGGGACGCCCUGCAGAAGGCCAAAGAGUGGUCGUCAAAGGUGGAAGCCAUUCACUCCGGGAGCAGCUACGCCUACCUAGAGCAGCUGGAGAACCUGCUGGCCAGGGGUCGCUCCAUCCCCGUCCGGCUGGACCCGCUGGCUCAGGUGGAGUCGCAGGUGGCGGCGGCUCGAGCGUGGAGAGAGAGGACGGCUCGCACUUUCCUGAAGAAGAACUCCACCUACACUCUGAUUCAGGUUCUGAGUCCUCGAGUGGAUAUCGGAAUCUACGGCAACAGCAAGAGCAAGAGGAAGCGCGUGAAGGAGCUGAUGGAGAAGGAGAGAGGCGGCUUCGACCCCGACGCCCUCAGCGACCUGGAGGAGAGCCUGGAGGAAGUGCGAGAGCCGUCCACCGUGGUAGCCGCCUUCAAAGCCAAAGAGCAGAAAGAAGUGGAGGCCAUCCACUCGCUCCGCGCCGCCAACUUAGCCAAGAUGGCGAUGGCGGACCGCAUCGAGGAGGUCAAGUUCUGCCUGUGUCGCAAGACGGCCAGCGGCUUCAUGCUGCAGUGCGAGCUCUGCAAAGACUGGUUUCACGGGGCGUGCGUGCCCCUGCCCAAGACGGGGCCGCAAAAAAAAGUGGGCGUGGCCUGGCAGAGCAACAGCAAGGAGUCUAAAUUCCUGUGCCCGCUGUGUCAGCGCUCGAGGAGGCCCAGACUAGAGACGAUCCUGUCGCUGCUGGUGUCGCUGCAGAAGCUGCCGGUGCGACUCCCUGAGGGAGAAGCCCUGCAGUGUUUGACGGAGCGGGCCAUGAGCUGGCAGGACCGAGCGCGCCAAGCUCUGGCCACAGAGGAGCUGUCCUCGGCGCUGGCAAAGCUGUCGGUUCUCAGCCAGCGGAUGGUGGAGCAGGCGGCGCGCGAGAAAACGGAGAAGAUCAUCAACGCCGAGCUGCAAAAAGCUGCUGCCAAUCCUGACCUGCAGGGCCACAUCCAAACUUUCCAGCAGUCCGGCUUCAGCAGAGCCACGUCUCCUCGCCCCUCGGUGGACUACGACGACGAGGAGACCGACUCUGACGAGGACAUUAGGGAAACGUACGGUUACGACGUGAAAGACCCCGGUGAGGUGAAGCCUUACCUGUUCUGUGACGAGGAGAUCCCUGUCAAGUCAGAGGAGGUGGUCAGUCACAUGUGGCCAGCUGUGACUCCUUCCUUCUGCGCCGAGCACGCCUAUUCAUCCGCCUCUAAGUCCUGUGUGCAAAACAUCAUUACUCCCAGAAAGCAGCCAAGGAAGACCCCUCUGGUACCCCGGACUCUGGAGCCACCGGUUCUGGAGCUGUCCCCGCAGGCUAAGGCCCAGCUGGAGGAGCUGAUGAUGCUGGGAGACCUGCUGGAGGUGUCCCUGGAUGAGACCCAGCACAUCUGGAGGAUCCUGCAGGCCACGCACCCUCCCUCUGAGGAGAGAUUUCUGCAGGUCAUGGAGCCUGACAACUUACUGUUGGAGAAACCUCUGAAAAUCAAACACAAAGACUCUGAGAAGAAACGGAAGCGGAAGCUGGAAAGAGCCGAGCACCAUCACAUGCUGAUGGCCGCAGCCGCCGCCGCUGGUGGAGCGUCCUCUUUGUCUGAAAUCAGGCCGCCCAAGUCCAAAGAGCUGAAAAGAGUCGGUCUGGAACUCGGUCUGGGCGUCAAGCCGAAAAAGAAGAAGCUGAAACUCAGCCUGGAGAAAAACCGGGAGGUGAAGCAGCUGGCCAAGCGCUUGGCUAAGGAGGAGAAGGAGAGGAAACGCAAGGAGAAGGCGGCGGCGAAGGCCGAAUCCAUCAGGGAGGGUCUGGACCAGAGGAAGGAGAAGAAGAUCCUGGAUAUUCCCUCUAAGUACGAUUGGUCGGGGGCGGAGGACUCCAAUGACGAGAACGCCGUGUGUGCUGCCAAGAACUGCCAGAGACCGUGUAAAGACAAGGUGGACUGGGUUCAGUGCGACGGCGGGUGCGACGAGUGGUUCCACCAAGUCUGCGUGGGCGUGUCCUGCGAAAUGGCAGAGACCGAGGACUACAUUUGCAUGGACUGCUCCCAGAAAGCAGUGGGGGACGCGGAGAGCCUCACCGUGGUGGAGGUGGUGGAGGAGGCCGUGGCGGUGCUGCCGGUGCCUCUGUGCGCCAACGCGCCGUCGUCCUCGUGGGCCACUGCGCCUCACUUUGUCACAGCAGCGCCGCCGCUGCCGCCACAGCCUCAGGAGGGCAGUUAGCCCCUAAACAAAAUCACAAAAACUGACUUCCUUUCUUAUUUUUAUUUUCUGCAUUUCUGUGACUAGCUGGUUUAUAAAAGCACAGGAAAAACGUUUGUGGCUUCGGGAAUCUUCUCUAAAUUCUAGUCCUCCUGUAAAGUUCAGGCCUAGGUUUAGGAAAUCUUUUCCCAAACCGGACAUGUUGACCCAUCAGUUCUGCCCAUUUCAGUCAGAACCCCUCCUCCAACAAUAACGGUUUAGCAGUGGAAUUAUUUAUAAUGUAAAUAUGUUUGAAGCAGGUAAACAUUUGGGUUGUGUUUGUGUUUUCUCACCUUGAAUAAAUAUUCCUAGUCAAAUUAAA